UGUGGAUCGAACGAGUCAUGUAGAAGAUAUCAUCGUCUCUGAAUAAACAAAAUAAGAAAAGAAUGAGCAACUAUUUUGAAGUUCGAAUGAUGAUGAAAAACCUCGCUUGAUUUUGAGAAAUUUCCCAUUGUUCGAUUCAGUUUCGGUUUCCAAGGAUUUAAAGCCGGAAGACGAACCAAUUCUCUGAUUUCUGUAAUCGAAAGUUGUGUCCUUUUUUUUUUUACUUCGUUAGGGUUCUUCCAAUUUUGCCGAUAAAAUCGUGAAAAAAUACAAAAAAAAAGAAAAAAGUAGUGAAAAGAAACGAGUUCGAAGAAGGAGUUGAAGUUUAAAGGGAGCGACACAAGGUAAAUGAUGCUUACUGGGAAAGGGACAGUAAAAGAUGAACAAGAGUAGCAAUUCGGAAGGCGCUAAAGCGGAACAGAUCAUAUUUGAGUUCUUCGCUAAAAGCCUCCACAUAAUCCUCGAAUCAAGGACUCCUUUCAUGUCUUCAAGGAAUUUCAGCGGCGAGCAGAUGAUUUGUUCCCCUUCCUCGUCGUCUUCCUCUUCCUCAAGCGUCAGGCCUCGUGACAAAUGGUUCAACCUAGCUCUCAGGGAAUGCCCCGCGGCGCUGGAGAAUUUCGAUAUAGGUCGCCGGAGCAGCCUCGAGCCUCUGGUUGUCGAUGUGGUUCUCGUGGCGAGGACACUCGGUAGCGAUCAGAUGAGCUCGUCAGGUAAGAGGGAGCUUAUCAGGAACUUUUCCGGGAAAGAGUAUCAUCAUCAAUCUGGGUGGAGUUCAGAUCAAGACGAGAUAGGGUUUGAAGCCAAGAACGAGCAGAUAAUCGAGAGAUGGGUGGUGCAGUAUGAUAACAGGAAGAUCAGAGAAUCUCCUACUACUAGCGGAAGGAGGUCAAGCAGUAAUAAGUUGCAAGUGAUGUAUAAGAAAGCGACUCUGCUUCUGAGAUCACUGUUUGUGAUGGUUAGGCUUUUACCUGCUUACAAGAUUUUCCGGGAACUCAACUCCUCUGGGCAGAUCUUCAAGUUCAAGCUUGUUCCUAGGGUCCCUACCAUAGUUGAGCCAUUCACUCGCAGAGAAGAAGCGGAGAUGCAGAAGUUUGCUUUCACGCCGGUUGAGACCAUCUGUGGUCGGCUUUGCCUGUCGGUGCUGUAUCGGUCUCUCUCAGAUGUCAGCUGCGAACACUCGACUCCCAUGUCUCCGACGUUUAUCACCGAUUACGUUGGAAGUCCUUUGGCUGACCCGUUGAAGAGGUUUCCUUCUCUUCCUCUUUCGUAUGGUUCGCCUCCGUUGCUGCCGUUUCAAAGGCGACAUAGCUGGAGUUUCGAUCGAUACAAGGCCUCUCCGCCUUCGGUUUCUUGCUCACCGUCGCCUACGCACUCGGAUUCGCAUGCUCUGGUUUCGAAUCCUUGUUCCCGUCGACUUCCUCCUCACCCUUCUGAUAUACCACCCACUGGUCGUAGGAAGGAAAGCUACAUCGAAGAGUACUCUCCUUGUCAAGAUUUCUCUCCACCUUGUUCUCCUUCAGCACCUAUACACGCUGUCUCGAGAGGCAUCACUCGUACUGAAAGUGCUCCAGUCAGAAUCCCGGCUCCUACUUUCCAGUCCAAACAAAAUGUGGCGGCACCUUCUCCUUCACCUUCUCCUAAUUUGAAAUUGUCGAGACACGCUUCGUUGAAGCCUGUGAAAAACUCUGGUCCUGUUGUUGAACCUGGAGCAGCAUUGGAGAAGCUGUUUCUUUAUGGGAGAGAAGAUUUUAGGAGGACUUCUGGCGUGAGGCUAUCUUCCAACAGCUCACCGCAGAUAUCAUUUUCUCGGAGUUCCAGUAGAUCUUUCCAAGACGACUUUGAUGAAACUGACUUCCCUUGCCCAUUUGAUGUUGAGUAUGAUGAUAUUACAGAUCGUAGUAGCAGACCAGGGUCUUUUGACCAGAGAGGAGACAUACAUGAACCGCUCGAGUCAAGCGGGUCCUUCCCAAAGAAGUCACAAGAUGCUGCAGUUGGUGCCCUUGUGAGUAUGCUGAAGAAAGCUCCACCUCUCAGACAAGAUGCCUCCGAACAUUCCAUACCUGAAAUUUGUUGGAACAACAACAACAACAACAAACCUGCACAGGCUCACGAGACAGCAGCAGCGUCUAUCACAGCCUCGGGGCUUGCUCUGGCCUCAAAGACAACAGCUGAUGCUUUGGAAGAGCUGAGGUCUUACAAGGAAAUGAAGAAUGUGUUGCUUAGUCAAUCCACGAUGGACCCUUCCUCUGUUACUACUACUUCAGCCUUUGCUGUUUCACAAUCUUGACCCUUUUUUUGGGUUUCGGUUUGGUUUUGGUUAGUUUUGGUUACUGGGUUUGGUUUUGAUUUUGAUUUUACAUAAUGUGCCUCUGUAUAUAUAUUAAGCUCUCGAAGUUUGGAUGAUAUCAUGAUAAUGGUCGGUAUGUAAAUAAACAUAUAUCCCCAAAAAAAAAAAUUAUGUAAAUAAACGAUAAACCUUUUAAUCGCAUGUAUAUAAAACUAAGUAAUUUUUAUAUUGUAAAAGCAUUGCAUUUUGGGAGUUUA